UCAAGGACCCCCGACAUCAUCUUUGUAGACCUCACACAGGAGCCCGGUUGACCAUGUCUUACCGAACACUGGCCGUCUGCUUCUUUUGCCUGUUGGCUCUCACUUCUGCGUGUUACAUCCAAAACUGUCCCAUCGGAGGGAAGAGAUCCGUCAUAGACGUCAUGGACAUUAGGAAGUGCAUCCCUUGUGGACCAAGAAACAAAGGCCAUUGCUUUGGGCCCAACAUCUGCUGCGGGGAAGAGCUGGGCUGUUACUUUGGGACCUCAGAGACCGUGAGAUGUCAGGAAGAGAACUACCUGCCCUCACCCUGUGAAUCCGGGAGGAAGCCCUGCGGGAACAAUGGAGGAAGCUGCGCAGCCUCUGGUAUCUGCUGUAAUCACGAGAGUUGCACCGUGGAUCCGGCGUGCGAGCAGGACUCUGUAUUCUCCUAGGAACGGCAUCCAGAUGAGAAGUAACCCCCGCUGUACUCACCGUCUGAAGAUAUAACGACCGCACCGUCACAUCACGCAGAACACGAACACCUACGUAUAAUUGUACUGUACGCAAAAUAAACAUGUAUAUAUAACAGCA